ACAUGACCUAUACUGGCAACAUUUAUUUAGGCACAAGUCUUCUGCUGGUUUGAUACAAAAAAAGCCUUUAAAUGGAGAAGAAAAUAUAACAUGAUUGUCGAUAGUUGUUCUUUAGAGGCCACCUGUUUGCUUGAUUAUUCUGCCGCAAAUUAACAUGUAUAUUAUCAAAACAUGUCUUAAUCACAUAAAAAACAUAGAGAAGAAGUCAACUUUUACUCCAGAGGAAGUGAAAUAAAAAAAUGAAGUAAUGGUCUAAUUGAUGGUCGUCGGUAGCCAUAAUUGAUGAAGGCAGGACAGAUUUAUUAAAACAACUACAACCAAGAAAAUUUUAGACUGCUUACGAAGGGAAAAUAGUAAGGAAGGCUUUCCAAAAGCACAUAGGUUCUCUCAUCGAGCAAAUUAACCGUUGAUAGCUAUGACAUCAGAAGAUUUUUUUGAAACAUGAAUGAUAAAUUGGGUCUGGUAACCUUCUAAAGAGCCAUCGGGAAAAAGAAAGAAAGAAAUGGCUAUGGGGAAAUCAACCAAAUAAGGACAGGGGAGAGUCUAUAUAAUGAAGGGAAGAAUUGUUGGGCAGAAAAUACAGAGCUCGCAAACAACAGCUCAAAAGGACUGUGCAGAAAGAUGGAUGGGGAAGAGUACAUGGGAUGCCAGCAACAUAAAAGAUGAAAAACCCAUGAAUGUGGGAUAGACCACGUACCUGAUAAGCCGUUAAUUGCACAUGUUUUUACCCCUAUUCUGGAGCCGUUUGAGAUGGUAAUUCUCGUGUUUUAGGCCGAUUUCACGCUAGGUUGUGUUUGUUUGUGAUAUUUCAGGUCCUAGCAAGUGAAUGAAGGUUUAGGAGCGAGUUCGGGGUCGAUUGGACGAAGAUCGGGCGCGAGGCAAGUCAAAAAGGAAGCCACACGGGCACACACAGAAACCACACGGCCGUGCAAGUGACCAAUUUGGCCGUGUGGGAUUGUGCGAGCCUUCACACGGCCAGCCCUGAAAGUCACACGGCCGUGUGAAGUUGCACUUUGGCCGUGUGGAAUUCUGCGAGGCUUCACACGGCCAGGCUGGGUGAUCUACACUGUCGUGUGGCCCUGGCCGUGUGGGAAGCCUGAAACUCAAUUACUCGGAACGCGGCUUUUUGACCUCACACGGGCAACUAGGUAUGACACACGGUCGUGUGGCCCUGCCUGUGUGAGUCGGGAAUUUCUGGUUUUCACCCAAUUUCGGGCUGCAAGUGAGAGAAUCGGAUUUUGAGAGCAAAAACAGAGCCCCAGAGAGAAAGUACGAAGAACACAUCCUAGAAGCUAUAUUGGAGCUGGGUUUCAUCAAAUCAAGCUUGGAGAUCGUCAUAGGAGUGGAAAUCAUCAUCCCAGAGCAGAUUCUUCCCAUUGAUAUGAGUAUGACUGCUUUGUAUUCUGUUUUCUCCUCUCUCUCUAUGGAGUAGAACCCUUCUCUCAUUUGGGUAUGAAGAACCCUAGUUCUAUGUGUUAGGGAUUUGAUUGUAAUGACUUGGGAUGAUAUUACUGCUUGGUUUUAAUCGAAUGAUGCAUGUUUAUUGAGUCAAUUGAAGUCUGAUCAACUUUUCCUGAUUUCUGCUGCAACCUGAGAUAGAUAGAAUCUGAUUAGGUUGUUAGAGCCUCAUCAUUCGGUAGUAGGAGAUUGGUUAUACGAGAGUUAGCCAGUUUACUGCUUUGUACUGGAAUCCAAUUCCAGUAGUGGAGUUCUGUGCUUAUUGCUUCAGCUUUCUAUCCUGGUGAAGACUAGUCGUCUGCCGGGUAGUUAGACUGAGAGGGCUUGGUCAGCUUAAGAGAUUCCAAGCUACUGUCGGAUCUUCCGCAGUCUAAUCAACAGUAAAUCAACCCAGGGAAAUUACAAUUGAAACCUAACUAAGGAGCUAGGGGGACUCAUUCCCGAGUGACUCUUCUUUGCUUGAGAAAACCGCACCAAUUCCUGCUUUCUUUCUGCUUUUGCUUAAACAACAAUCACUUAACUUAGUUGGCUAGAUAAUAGAUACUCACGGAGUAAGCAGUAGAUCUAGACCCCUGGUUGAUAAUAGAACUUGCCAUUUUACUGCAUUCCUGGACUGCGAUUACACUUGGUCGCAGUUUGGUGUUGUGUUUUGGCGUGUCAAGUUUUUGGCGCCGUUGCCGGGGAUCCUCUAGGUUAUUGGGGAAACGUGAAAGUCUGCUACUUUAGGUUUUUUCUUUUCUUUUCCACCCUUGCUUUUCACUUGGGUGUUAUGUUUUUGUUGGUGCAACUCUGAAACAUGGAUCCUCAUGGCUUCUCCAACCAUUGGGGGUAUCAACCACCAUUCGUGUGGUAUUACCCCGAGACUUCCUGGAGCAAUCAAGGAGGAGAAGACUAUGGAUUCGGAUGUCAGUACCAACCCCCCUACUACGGAGAACAACCAAACCCUUGGGAACCUCAAGGACAGUAUCCUUUUCAAGAAGAGUUCCUGCCACAACCAGAGGGGCCAUCUGAGUUGGAGUUAGCCAUGGAGGCCUUCACGGGUCACUCUGCAGAGCCAUGCUACACUUCACUGGAAGAUCCGAACAAACAAUUAAGGCUUCUCGUGGAGCAGUUUGCUCGAGACACUGAGAGAUCAUGCUCUAAGAUGGAUCUUCAAAUCAAAGCCCUUGCCGCUUCCGAUCCCUCAUUUCUCCAUGAUAUGGAGGAGACUGUUCAGCGCUCAGCGAAGCAAACAGAGUGGGUGGAGCAAGUUUGCUCACAUCUUUCUCAAGAUCACCUUUCUGCUACCACGCUAGAAGAGGUGGAGGAUGACAAAGGCUACGGGGGCGUUGAGGAGCACACAGAAGUUAUCACAGAGAACACCCAUGAUAGUCAUGAUCAGGAAAGUCCUUUGGUUGCAGAUCAAACCUUUCCUCAUUUAUGCUCUAACAUGUUGGGCCCGUGCGAGGAGAUGCAAGAUGAUCCCAUUGAAGAAAUUUCUUGGCGACUUGCUCUCCAAUCUGUUCUAGAAGAAGAAGAGCGAGCAAGGAUGAGGAAGGAAGUUGUGGAGGAUGAGGAAGAAAGAAAAGAAGAGGUAGUUCUUGAUCUUUUUCAAGGGGAGAGACCACAUUUUGAAGAAGGAAGGGGGGUUGAGGAAGCAAUUGGCGUCCAGGCUGAGGAUGAAGUUGAGGUGGAAGAGGCUUGCACCGGCCCUAUGUUACAUUUGAUAUCUCCACCAAACUUCGAGGAGCUGCUUGGCAAGGACCCAUUUGCAGUGUCUCUUUGCCAGACCAAGACCACAUCAACAUCAAUUCCUCUUGGUGGAUGCGAAGGUGGUCAAUCGAAUAUAUCUUAUCUGAUUUGGGGAAGUGAGACAAGAGCAGACGCGAAGGAGAGGUCUCAUGAGUGGAGACUUCAUCUUCCUCAAGGCCACGAGCCAUCUUCAUCACCUAUCACAUCACCUGCUUGUGACUCGAGACUCCACAUCAUCGACGAGAACCUCAACUUCAAGGAGGUUCUAGGAUGGACCAAAACUUAGGAGCCACCGUCUAGCUAAGACGUAAAAGAAGCGCUUGUGGGGAGGCAACCCCACCUAGGUUUGCAUUUUCUUACCUUUUUCCUUUUGAUUUUUUUUUGUGUUUUUUGAGUCUUGAGGGGUUGUUCACGAGUUGUACGUCGUUCUGGAGUGAAAACAGGUCAAUUUCGGAGUUCUGGCAGCCCACACGACCAGUUGUGAUUGUGACACGGCCGUGUGGAAAUCCCCCCUGGCCGUGUGUGCUCUCGUCAAAAGUCACACGGCCAAAUGUGCUUUUCGCACGGCCGAGUGGAAAAUCCUCGGCCAGCCCGUGUCGGCCGACACGGGCAAAUGUGUACCUCACACGGCCGUGUGAGCCUGGCCGUGUGGCCGAGCCACGGCUAUAAACUCGGCCGACACGGCGACAUCGAUCUGGACAACCUUGGCGACGAGUAGGCUGUACUUGUCGCGCCUCAGUGUGUGUUUUGAUUUAGACUUUUUCUGUUUGCUCCAUGUGUUUGAGGAGCUUGAACUGAGUUUGUCGUGUGUUUUGUUUCUUUUCUUUUGUGGAUUGUUUCUUUUGUGGCCAUCUGGGCCAACUCUGAUCCCUAACGAACAUGUUCUAGUGUGUUCUUGAUGUUCCCUUAGUGCAGAACUGUCCGUUCGUUCCAUAUGUCCCCCGCUGACUGGUCCACUUCCAGUCUCCCGCAGCAUUUCAAUCCGGUAACAUCGUUCCCCUUCUUUAUCCCUAUGCUCCAUUGAGGGCAAUGUCAUGCUUAAGUGUGGGGGGGUGCUUUGUAUCGGUUGGAAUGUAUAUACGUGUGCUUGGAGCCUAGUCCACUGUCCGAAUCUCGAGAUUUGAGGGCUCCAAGUACGGCUGUUUGAUCAUAUUGGCACUGUGUUUUGAUUGGUGAAUUGAAUGGUUUUAGGAUUAAUGCAUGACAACUGGAUGGUGAUUAGGACAACCUAUAAUGAUGACUGAGACGUGCAGUAGAAUUGUGUAGGGUUCAGUUUUUCAACUGUUUGCUUACCAACUGUGACUUGGAUUGAUUACUUGUUCUUGACAGUCUCUUAUGCAUCUAGUUCAGGGAAUCAGAAUGAGAGAUAGAGCAUAUAGGUAGCCAUGUGAGAUUUGAGCCUGCUCGUUUCUUUAUUGUGCGAUAGUUCCCCCUUCCAUGAUGUGUAGCAUUCACGUUGUCAUUAGCUCAGAUGAUGGAGGCAUAAGAUUAGCCCACGACCAAAUUGACUGUCCUGGUGUGUCAUACCCCCUAGUCAGCCCCUUUGAGCCGUGUGUUAUCCUUUCUUUCGGUCUUCAAUGAAAAGUCACCCUUUUGCAUCUUUUAAAAGGUUCCACAGAGUGGUUUUUAAAUGUUCUCUGCUGUUUCUGCUAAAUGUAAUGUGAGAGUUGGAGGUAGUUCUUAAAAAGUUGGGCAGGUAUUUGAAAAUGUGCAGAGGUGGUGGUUUUCUUAAGAAAUGGAAAAAAAAUGAAAGAAAAACAAAGAAAAAAAUGAAAGCAAAAGAGAGCCACCACCAAAAAUUUGAAUAGUGCCCAUUAAGUAGUGUUUCUUAGCAGUCUGGCUUAGAAAUACUGGUAUUUAUGUGACCUCCUUCGCUCUUGUUCUCUGAAGAAUUUGAGUAAUGCAGAAUAGCAGAAAGAAAGUACUGGUUUGAUUGACUGUGAGUUUGUUGGGUUUGGAAUUGUGGAACCUUGUGCUAUGAAUACUUCCACCACCUAAAAGGCAUUUUCCCCCAUGUCCACGACCCUAGCCAGUCAUUUGAACCUGUGUCUAAGACCUCCUGAUUAGUUAGUGAUGACAACCAUUUAUGUGAACUCUAACCUUUAGAGGCUGUCAUCAUGGUGAAGAGAUGUUAGGAAUUGAGAGAAUAAGUAUGCGCAUUUUUC